GGAGCGGGUACCUGUCAAAUUCAGGUACCCACUCCCACUUCCUCUCAUAGCGCCAAGCCGAUCGGAAGUGGAAGGUGUCCUCCCUUCCUCCCUCCCCGUAGUCUUUUGGGACACGUGACAGGUCCCAGAAGACUACAGGACUAUUCAGGAAGCGCAGUGCUACUCCCGCAUGCGCAGUGGGUACCCAGCUGUGAAGCCGCAAGCUAUCACAGCCGGGUGCCCACACUGAAGAUGCCGGCGCCCAAGGAGAGAAGACGGCCAGUAAAAGGGGCUGUAGGGGGAAACACCGCA